AUGGCGGUGACUGGGCGAGAGGGUGACGACGACGUCGACCACUACGAGGUGCUCCGCCUCCCGUCCGGCGAGGAAGGCGCGGCGCUGAGCGUCGAGCGGAUCGACAAGGCCUACCGGAAGCAGUCGCGUCUCCGCCACCCCGACAAGCGCCCCGACGACCCCGACGCCACCGCCGACUUCCAGAGCCUCGCCAGCUCGUACGAGAUCCUCCGCAAUGAGUCCCUGCGCCGCCAGUUCGACGCCCGCCUCCGCGGCCGCCGCGAGGCCGCCGCCCGCGCCGCGGCGAAAGGGGUCAAGCGGCGGAAGGCCGUCUCGGACCUAGAGGAGCGCGAGCGCGCCUUUGCCGCCGGCCACGCUGCAGAGCUCGCGAAGCGAGAGGAGAAGCGGAUGGCUGCCGAUAUCCAGCGCACGCUGGAUGACCACUUCGCUCCCAACAAGUCCUGCGUCUCUGGCGUUGCUUCGACUUCGGGACAUGGAGCUCCAGAGAGCGAACCAAAAACAGACAAUGGUAAGAUCUUGAAGGUUUCAUGGGAAGGGGGUGCAGAUUACUACACUGCAGCAAAGUUGGACGAGAUUUUCACGCAAUUUGGCACGGUUGAAGACAUUGUGAUCAUGUUUAGCAAAUCAAAGAGGAAGGGCUCAGCACUUGUUGUCAUGGUUUCCAAAGAGGCAGCACGAUCUGCACUGAAGAACCAUUCUGUCUACAAUGUUUUCCCAAUCCCAUUAAGUGUUGCUCCGGUCCCAAUAAAGUGAAAUCAAAGACCUGAACCGAGAACAAGCAACACUGAUGUUACUGCAUUCUGCAAUUUCGAAGCAUCAACAUGCCGAAAACUUGAAGAGGUACUUUAAUGAGGACGAUUUGUUAAGUACAUAUUCAUGUGUUCUGCGGCUAGUGAACAAAGAAGACCCAUCCUAUAAUUAUGUGUACUUUCCUUCACAAGGUAGUUUGCAGAUGCUGUUGUGUGAUACAUAUAUACUCGUGGAAUGCGCAAUGCACGACGUG